AUGAAUUUUGUUGUGACGGUGAUACUUCGCUCUGAUGAUGUCCGUCAUAUGACGGAUGAAAGCUUAGCAGCUUUUCAUCGGAAUCGAAGGGGAUUGCCUCGGAAACAGCGUCAACAUGAAUCUUCCAGUAAAGCUAAUCGACAGCUGGUCAAGAGGAAUCCACCGUCGUCUUCUGGUGGAACCGACCUUCGAAUCUCUUCACUCAACACUUUCACUCGAUCUUAUUCUAACAUGUUCGACGAGUGCGAGUGA